AUGGCCCCUGAUAAGAGAGUUUCAAAGCGGAAGGCUGCGCCUGUCGCCGCCGACUCGCCCGCCAAAAAAACCAAGAAGGUCGAGGCUAAGCCCGCCGAAGCAACCAAGGAGGCUACUCCUAAGUCUAUCUUGAAGAAGAACGAGAAGGCUACCAAGUCCAAGGCAGAGAAGACUGCUGCGCCGGCCAAGACCAAUGUUGAGCCCACCCGCCAGGUCAAGCCUCGCAAGCGUGCUGCCGACUUCCUCACCGACGAGGAGACCGAAGAGCCUGUCGCGCCUGUAAAGACCGAUAAAAAGGCCGAGAAGAAGCCCGCUGCUAAAAAGUCCAAGAAGGAGGAGGCUGAGGUCGCCCCCGCCCUCAAGAAGGCUGCCGCGAAGAAGGCCGCUCCCAAGACCAAGAAGCCCGAGCCUGUCGUCGAGUCCGAAGAGGAAGAUGCCGAGGUGGAUGUCUCCCCCUCGGAUGAAAGCGAGGCUGAGAACGAGGGUGAUGAUGACCAGACCGAGGCCCUCAUCAAGGGCUUCGAGAGCAGUGGCGACGAGGACGAGUCUGAUGGUGAGGGUUACAAAGAGGGUGAACCUAUUCCCAAGGCCCCAAAUACCAAGAAGGCCGAGCGCAAGCUCGCCAAACAGUUGCGCAAGGAUGGCCCUCCUGAAGAGCCCGGUACUGUCUACAUUGGACGUAUCCCCCACGGUUUCUACGAGCACCAGAUGAAAGCCUACUUCUCCCAAUUUGGCGAAAUCACCAAACUCCGUCUUUCGCGCAACCGUUUCACUGGUCGCUCCAAGCACUAUGCCUUCAUUGAAUUUUCUUCCACCACUGUCGCCAAGAUCGUCGCUGACACAAUGGACAACUACCUCAUGUACGGCCACAUCGUCAAGUGCAAGUACGUCCCGAAAGAGCAGCUACACCCCGAGAUCUGGAAGGGCGCCAACCGUCGCUUCAAGGUUACGCCAUGGAACCGCAUUGAGAAGAAGCGUCUCGCCAGGGGUAAGACACGCGAGCAGUGGUCGAAGAGUAUCGAGACCGAGCAGAAGAAGAGAGAGGCCAAGAACAACAAGCUCAAGGCUCUGGGUUACGAGCUUGAUCUUCCCAAGCUGAAGAGCGUCGAUGAUGUCCCCAUCCAGGAAGCCCCCAAGGCUGUCGAGGCCGCCGAGGCCACUGAGACCUCCGAGCCAGCUGUCGAGGAGCCGGCUAAGGCAAUCGAGGCCCCUGCUCCUACCGAUGAUACCCCCAAGAAGGCCAAGAAGGGCAAGAAGACAGAGACACCCAAGGAGGCCGCCACAGAGUCACCGGCUCCUAAGUCUUCUGCUGCCAAGUCUCCCGUUGCCAAGGCACCUGCCACUAAGGCAAAGGGAACUAAAAAGGCCACCAAGACGAAGUCCAAGGCGUAA